AUGCGAGCUUCCAAUCUACUGACUGCCGUGUUUAUUGUACUGCUUGAGGCGUAUUAUUCUGAAUCGUCCUCGUUUUUAUCUAACGGGGAAACUCCUGCUGAAUGGGCUGUGAAAUGGAAUGGUAUAGGGAGAAGUAACAAUCCUGCUCAUAACUAUGCCUUUUCGUGGCGAGGUACUGGUAUUUCUGCGAAAGAGAAAGCAAAAUUGAUUUCAAAGAUUGAGUCGCAAUCGGCUGAUGACGUAUAUGAGGCUCUACUUGCUCGACCAGGUCCACGUGUGAGCCAUUAUGGAACCUGCGCGGUUGGAAUAGUCCGCGGAACGCCUACUUUUUGGGUGGAAGGAAUGUACGGCUCUAGAGGACAUUCUGGUUACCCGAAAAAUCCCGAUUCUGGCGAUGCAACAGGACAUUUGGACGCAUGCUACAAUGAGCAUCGAAUAACUGGUCUUUGUUCUUAUUCAAAUGUAGCAGAAAGAGCGAAACAGACGCUCCUUUAUGCUGUUAAGAAUGAUGUUUGCACCAAUUACUACAAUUUGAAACAGUUACUUGGAGCAACAUCUGAAAAAUUGUCCGAGUAUACUGAACAAGUAGAAGAGAGAGAAAAUGUUCAAAGCCGUGCUGCUAAAUUUCUUUCUGCAGCACGCAUUCGAUAUUCCGGCUUCAAAGCAAAAUCGGACACACGGACAUGUACAAGAACUGUCAAUGGUGAAAUCAAAGAAGUGCGAGUCAAAGUUAAAGAAAGUUGGGGUUGUGCAUAUCAUACCGAAACAUAUGCAUCGGGUACAAGUUUUAAAUACAAGAAUAGUGUCUCUCGUCAAUAUGAUGAUGGUAUAAAGUUGGCAAUAGAUUCGAGAGAUAAACUAGCUGCUGAUUAUUUGGAAACAAUGAAGUAUCGACAUUUGGAGAAUCUUGAUGUGGCUACUAAUCUAGAUACAGCUAGAUUAACUGCAACGGCGACAAGUCAGGCCUUCUGGGGACCAGGUGGUAAUUGCAACCUUGUACUGGAAGGGCGUGUCAAUGAACUUUACUAA